AACCAACGGAAGACUCGUCAUACUGGUACAGAUCCUUCAGGAGUUUACUGCACUAUUUUCUGAUUUGUUUAAUUGAUUAGGUGACCUUCAAACGAAGGUGAACGCAGCAUUUGUUGUGUCAUAGCGAAGCAGUUAAAGGUGCUGCCAUGAGUGCUCUGUUUGCCUGUGAGGAUCCCGCCACAUGGAGGAGUGUGUAUGGGAAAUACUGGGAUGUAGUGGAGGCAAGGUCCAAAGCCAAGAAACCUGGGAAGCUGCUGAACCUCGAGAAAUGGUACCAAGAGGAGCUGCCUACACUCAUUUCAAGUCGACCUGACAAACAUGUCACCCAGUCAGAGCUGGUGAAACUCAUGGAGUGGAAGCUCACUAGAGGGAAGUUCAGGCCGAGGCUGCAGCAGCUGGUGGCGUCCAACAGUGAGGACACCGUGGAGAAAUGUUCCAGAAAGGCCUUCAGCCUCCUGCCUGAUGUGCAGGCAGCCAUCGCCGAGCUCAGCUCCUUGAAAGGAGUUGGUCCAGCCACCGCUUCAGCUGUGUUGGCGGCAGGAGCUCCAGAACAGGCUGCAUUCAUGUCAGAUGAAGCCAUGGAGAGUGUACCGGGACUGAAGCCCAUCCAGUACACAGCCAAGCACUACACUCUCUACCUGGGCAAGAUGGUCGAGUGCACUGGGAAACUAAACAAAGUGGAUCCCCAGCGGGACUGGACGCCCCACAGGCUGGAGCUGUGUCUGUGGGCGUCGACCACAGCCAAACAGCAGCAGCUCCCACUUCUGAGGGAUGUUGAUGUGAAGGCCAGCAGUGUGGCCGAGAAGUGCUCGGACACUGACGCAGACCAGAGACCGACGAAGAAGCUUAAAACGAGAUAAAAGUGAUUGCACGGUAUUUUUUAGAUUAAAUUUGCUUAAAUGUUUGUCUGUUUUUUGUAUUUUCCCAGAAUAAUAAAGCCUUUAUAUCAAA